AUGGGUAAUCUCUCAUCUUUCAUGAGAUAUUCUGCCGCAGACAGACCAUUAGGGACUCCCCGUCUUACUCUUACUUUCGAAGCAAAAAAGGAUCUCGAUAUCACUGUUGAGACGUCAUACCCCAUCAUCUUCACAAUCACGCGGGAUGCAGAUGAUCCCCAGACGCAACCAUGCAUUAUUCACUGGGACCCUAUUGAGGAUGGAUUCGGCCAGCCGGGUAUAAUGCUACUUCAUUCUAAUUUUAAAUUCACAAAGGACCUGGAACCCGUCCAAGUCGACUCUAACCAGCUGCGCGCAAAAUCCCUCCACGCAAGAGAAGUAUCCACGUCAGACCCGUGCUUCAAACAACUGAACCCAGGCUCCAGCGUUUCCUGGGAGCUGGCCUUGCCGUUUGUCUACUUUGAUUCCUUCCUACCAGGGCAAUAUUACAAAAUCCUCUGGGUAGGCGGGCAAAUCUUUUUGUGGGACUGGGGCACAUUAGCGGAGCACAGUGGCCGCACACUCGGCCCUAAUUCCUCUGCAGUGGUCCUACCGGGCGGGCCACAGCAGUUACUGAGCAUUGCCUAUGAUGAAAGUGAUAUAGACGAUGUAGGCCCAUUGCCGCCUUCACCCGGACCUAUUUUGGCACCUGCCAGGAUGAGUGGCGCCCCGGUCUUCAGCCUCACCGUCGCUGGACCCGCUACGCUAUCGAUGAGAGAUCGCAAUCCAGCGGGUAGACUACGCUAUCCUGUCACAAUGACACUCUCGUAUGAUGCAGCUCCGGAUGGCUUAGACGGAAAGCCGGUCACAUUUCAUACGUUCAUAUUCAAAGAUAAGGAUCGCCGCCAGGAGGGUUUCAGGCUCUACUUUAGACGAAAGGACGACUGGAGCCCACAUGAAAUUGCAGGCUCAUUUACGUACCACGAAUACAUGUUUUCUGAGCGCGUCCCGGUAAAUGUUGGCCGCAACGACCAGAAUAAAUUUGGGGCCCUGGUGCCUGGUGAGUCGUGGUCAUUCACGCGGGAGGUGACUGAUUUCCCGAAGAAUGUAGCGCCCGGUGAUGAAUUCCGGUACAGGUUUAAGGGAGCUCAGCUUGACUGGUGGGAUUGGGGACACUUUCGAGAUCAUGAAAACACUGUGGUGUGGAUUAAUGGCAAGGUCCGCGAUCCAAAAGAUAAUGGGGGCCGGCCUGGGCUUGUGGUGCCGGCUAGUAACUGGGUCGAGUUUACAGUGGUUGAAUGA